AUGCAAAUACUGGAAAUUGUGUUCACGAUAAUAAUUGCAUUUUGGGGCAUAAUUGAUGCAGCAUCUGUUAAUGUUUGCAACGAUGCAAAAACUUGCGCAGAGUGUGCUGAAUCAUACAUUUAUGUUUUUGGUUUUCGAGAACACUGCAGAUGGUGCGUAGAAACAGCAACGUGUGUUGGGCCCUUUGCGUGUGCCACUGGAAGCGGUAUCGUUCAACGUGAACCAUUUAUGUGUCCACAACCGGUACCAACAGCUAAAGGACAUCGCUAUACUGAUAGGCUCGGACGAUCACUAUAUAGCCUUGCGUUAGCUGUGCGUGAAAGUGAUCCUACGGAGUGUUUGGCUAAUAGCCGACCUGAUGUCAAGCUGAUCAAACGCUAUGAAGUAGAAUGUGAUCAAUCACACAAUCUUUGUGCUUCUAUGCUUGCUGUUUCUGUACCUGCUAAAAGUAUUUAUGUUGUGUACAAAUCGAGUAAUAUGGAUAAGCAGUUAAUUACAGAACUGAUACAUACUGUAGCAGCUCAAUUGGGAGCGUGGCAAAAAUUUGAGUCAGGUGGUGGGGUCAUGACUUACUUUCAUGGAGCCUUUGAACGACUUUUUAAAGGAACUGGCAUGAAAGAGCAACUCAUUGAACUAAACCGUAAAUAUCCACAUUAUAAAGUUUGGGUGACAGGUCAUUCUUUGGGUGCUUCUCUUGCAUCAAUGACAGCACUAUAUUUGGCUAAUCACAGUAUUAUUCCACGCGAUUUGAUUAGAUUAGUUACUUUUGGUGAGGCGAGAACUGGAAAUGUAGCAUUUGCACGUGCUGUUGAACGUAAUAUCCGGUUUCGUUAUCGUGUUGUUCAUCGUGGAGAUUUGGUAACAAACAUACCGGCGAACAUCGAUUCAAAUGGAAUUCUGGUUACUCGAGCAGUUGCGGAGCGACAACCUCAUUUUUAUCGCUUUUUGGUAUAUUAUGAUAAUGAUAUGAAACCGGGUAGUUCAUUUAAGAAGUGCAAUUUAUCAGAAGAUUAUGCUUGUCGUAAUCUGCCAUUCACAAACAAUGCGUUGGAUCAUCUGAAUUACUUUGGUGUGAAUGUAGAUGAAUACUUGGCUAAGAAAUGCAAAGGUAAUCUAUUAAAAUUGAAUACUACAAUUGCUCAAAGUAAUUCCACUUCACCAACAUUGACAACAACAAACUCGACAGUAACAACAAAUUCAUCAUCGACAUCAUCAACAACAACAACAUCAGCAACAACAAUAUCGCUAGAAGAAAACAGUUUAAAUUAA